CCUUGGUUGUACUGUCCGUCAGGCCCCUGGAUGUUGCCCUGAAUGGCACUGCAUGGGUACUACGCGCUACCAGGGCAGGGCAGGCAGCAACGUCUGCCAACUUGAACCAGGCGGGUAAGGUAUAUAUACUAUGACACAUCGUCUUCGUCCCUCCAACUGGAAAUCUCAUUCUCCCCGCUGUUCUUCAGCGUGCACUUACUCGACCAUUCAAGUUGCCCUUCCUCCAUUGUCUUCGCAUGCCCGUUGGUAGUUCUGCAGAGGAGGACUUGAAGCGUUCUCAUCUAGUAUGCCUCGACGCAUUCGAAAAUGGAAAUCGAAAUCGACUCGCCAAGUUGAAUCGACUAUGGCGGGUCCAAACUUCUUUCAGCGGCUUCCUCUCGAAGUGAUUUCCGAGGUCGUGUCGUUUCUUGACCUUGAGAGCGCAUCCAACCUCCGGCUAACGUCGCGCGAAGUGGCGGCCAACGUGGCAUCUGCACCGGCGUUCCUAGCUUAUUUCCACUGCAAAACGAUCAGCCUUGUCACCGUCGUCCAACUGCGACAAUUUGGUCCCAUGACCCAGCCGGGACGGUGUGGCCGUGCUGUGCGCCAUCUCACACUCAUCAGCGGCAACUCGGCUCGGUGUGCAGAAUGGGAAACAGAGGCCAUCGAGCUCCUGCGAGUUGCCAUGGAGAAUAUCAUGUCUUCAGGAAAGCGAGGCGAGGGCAGCGGCAGCGGCAGCCCUCCGCAACCGCUUUUUGCCAUCACCCUCACGAAACGCAAGCAGGAAAAGUCUCCCGAAUCCAAAAAUUGGGAGAACAUCUGGAAUGGUGCAGCACAGGCAUUUCGCAUCACAGCACAGGCAUUCUACAGAAGCAAAUUGCCUCUCGAGGCGCUGGAUGUCUUUGGGCAGCCCCAAUGGUGCAGUCUGGACUGUGGUGUCUUUGCCAGCACUACAAAUAAUCUUGUGACGACACCCUCCUCCAUGCAUCACUGGCAGCUAAAAAGGCUCUCGCUGUCCCUCUCUCACCAUGUGACAGGAGACCGAGAAGACGAAAACAGAGAAGGUCUUGCCGCAGGCCGACAACACACCCAAACUUUCUGCGACUUCGUCGGUCUUGUUUGUUCGUCAUUGGAAGAUCUCGACUUGCGCUGGUACAAAGCGCACCGAGGAGACACGGACGCGCUCACCGAUGCUCUACGAGAGGAACAGCUCCUUUUCGAUCGGCUGGGCAGCAGACAGUUCGACUUUCCCCGUUUGAAGACAUGCAGUCUGAGAGGUUUCUUCACCACUGGCGACUUUCUGUUUUCUUUCCUGAAACAUUGUCCCGCCCUUGAGUCAUUAAUGUUGAAAGAGAUACAUUUGGGAGCAGGCUCGUUCCGCUCGAUCUUUGACCAUGCUGUGGAUACCGUGAAGUAUCUACAUUUCGAAGACCUUUACGAGGAUAACUGGAAGAUGCUCUAUUUCAAUGCACCUGGCAAACCGAAUUUCCCUGUCGGAGCCCCGAGGCACAGGCCGAAUAAUAUCACUCGAGUCGGCGCCGCUGAGGUGCGCAGCAAGCCUGUCCGAUAUAGCUUCCGCACGGGGGAUAUUAUAGGCUCGCCUGAUUAUCACAGGUGGAUACGAAGACGGGCUGCCAUGUAUGGACCUCCGAGUCUCUGGAAUUAUCCGCUGUGGCGAUAGGAGAAGUAGUAGUCGUAAUAGUAAUGAUAGCAGUAGCAUAUACUAGUGUAUGUAUUAGUAUAUAUCUCAGGCUAAAAUUGCACGGUAGAGAUCGCGAUCAGAUGUAUGACUGCAACCUGCAACUGCAACGUGUGCGUGUGCGGGUGUGGGUGCACCUGAUCAGUGAGUGAGAACAAGGCUGAAUAAAAU